AUGUCUACUGCCCCUCCUACAGCCACACAAGGUCGUAGUCAAACAAUGAGAAGUACAGGAAGUUCAUCACCUAACAAUGAUAUGAAAAAUACCACAAAAAGAACUACACUUACUCAAUCAAAACUCGACGAUUCAACAUUUAGAUUAUCAAAGCCACCAAAAAUUUGUUCGACUAUUACACCACAAAGCGAAACGUAUGAGAAAUACUCUGUUCGCUAUUUUAGAGAUCAUCCUGAAGAAGAUGAUGAUCUUCGCGAUCCAAAAGAAAAACUAAUGGAAAUUGAUGGACUUAUUACUGAUGACGUCGAAGGAGAUGAACUUUUUAACUUACUUGUUAAGCAAAAAUGCCUCAGAACAAUGGUUUAUGGUGAAUCUUCACAACAAGUUGUUAAUAGUCAUGUUGCUAUCGGAAAUUAUUAUCAAAAUACAGAAAGACCAAAGAGUGCAAUCCGUCAUUUUCAAAAUGGUCGCCAAAUUGCCAAAAAUACAGAAGUUACAAACGAAUCAAAAGCAGAAUUGCUCGUUGGACUUGCAGAAUCUCAUUUUGAGCUCAAGGAAUCAGGAAAGAAGAAUGUAUCAGCUGCAGAAGCAGCCCUUUCUGAAGCUAAAUCCCUUGAUAUUGAUAAAUCUUCAUUAAAAUUCAGACGAGACUAUCUUGCUGCAAAAAUUGCUCGUUAUAAUCAUGAAGAUACUGCAUGCGAUCUUUACAUUACAGCAGAAAAGACAAUGGUCGAUGGUUGUUUGGAUGAUGAAAAUCUUGAAACUGCUGAGUUCUAUUUAGAAGCUGCACAUACAGCAUUCGAUGCCCAGAAUGUUGAGGCAGCUAAUAAAUUCGCUAAAGAAGCUUCAAAGAGAUUUAAUUCUUUAGGAAAUUCUGAAAAGCAAAAUGAAGCUGAAUCUCUUAUUCAAGUCCAAGAAGAAGAGGAGGAACAUAAAGAAGAACAGGCAUCUGGCGAAAAUAACGAUCAAUCUCAAGAAAAUAACGAAAAAACAGGAGAAGAUUCCCAAGAAAAAGAAAUUAAUCAAGAUGAGAAGGAUAAUAAUGCAAAAGGCGAAGAGGAGCAGGAAGAGGAGCAAAAACGUGAGGAAAGACCUUCAUCUUUGGCAAUUGGCAGCGUUAUCAAAGAUCGUGUUGAUGAUGAAAUGUAA